CGGACACCACCAGCCAGCCAGCCAGGUAACACAGCCUCCCUGCAACGUCACGCAAUCAGCUGCUGUUGCCGGUGUGACGCAGCAGCCCCGCCCCGUCAGUGUGACAGCGCUGUGCCCGCCCCCAGUACACAGCCUGAUGGACACGCACUGGAAGAUGCACAAAGUCUGUGGAAAGUCGCUGAUUGAACCCCAGCACUGACACCGCCGCCAGGCGUCCGGCACAAGCAACGACAGCAGCCGCCGCCUCACACCUGAGGGAGUCGGCCACCUACCCCGAGCGCCGAGAGUCCGGAGCGGCCUCAGCAGUGUGUGAGUCUGAGCCGCUGGCCACCUCACCCCCGGCCGCCCCGCCGCUGGGCCGCCUGUCUCCCUACCUAUGUCCCGCAAAGCCAGCGAUGUGGAGUACACUCUGCGGAGCCUGAGCAACCUGAUGGGGGAGAAGAAGAGGAGGAAGCAGGAGGAGAGCGCCGGGGAGCGGAGCCUGAUCGCUGCCGACUCCUGCACCAGCAUCAACAGCCAGGGAGCCGGGGCUGCCCAGUCCUGCGCUGCCGCUGGCGGGGACCUGGAGCGGGCGGCCCGCAGGCAGUUCCAGCAGGAUGUCACCCCGGCGUUCGUCUACGUGGUGUCCGUCUUCUCCGCCCUGGGAGGCUUCCUGUUCGGCUAUGACACCGGAGUGGUGUCCGGGGCGAUGCUGCUGCUGAAGAAGGACAUGAACCUGUCGGCGCUGUGGCAGGAGCUGCUGGUCUCCAGUACGGUGGGAGCGGCGGCGCUGUCGGCGCUGGCAGGCGGGGUGCUGAACGGAGUGCUGGGGCGCAGACCGUGCAUCCUCCUGGCCAGCCUGCUAUUCACCGCCGGGGCAGUGGUGAUGGCUGCUGCCCGGGACAAGGAGACCCUGCUGGGCGGCCGUGUGGUGGUGGGACUGGGCAUAGGUAUUGCCUCUAUGACUGUUCCGGUGUACAUUGCUGAAGCAGCACCACCGCACUUGAGAGGACGAUUGGUUACAAUUAACACACUAUUCAUCACGGGUGGACAGUUCUUUGCAGCUGUUGUGGAUGGUGCCUUUAGUUACCUUCCAAGAGAUGGAUGGAGGUACAUGCUUGGGCUGUCAGCAGUUCCUGCUAUAAUUCAGUUCCUUGGCUUUCUUUUUCUGCCAGAAAGUCCACGAUGGCUCAUUCAAAAAGGUCAAACACAAAAGGCUAGAAGAGUUUUAUCUCGUAUUCGGGGAACUCAAACAAUUGAUGAAGAGUAUGAUAGUAUAAAAAACAGUAUUGAUGAAGAGGAGAAAGAAGUGGGCGCAGGAGGACCGGUUAUUUACAGAAUGUUAAUUUACCCUCCGACACGCCGCGCUCUUCUAGUUGGUUGUGGAUUACAAAUGUUCCAACAGCUUGCUGGUAUCAACACAGUCAUGUACUACAGCGCCACAAUUUUACAGAUGUCUGGUGUGGAUGAUGACCGGUUGGCUAUUUGGCUUUCUGCUAUCACAGCAUUUACGAACUUUAGUUUUACCCUUGUUGGUGUUUGGCUAGUAGAAAAAGUUGGAAGAAGGAAACUCACACUUGGAAGUCUCACAGGUACAACUGUGGCCCUAAUUGUACUUGCUUUGGGCUUUUUGCUAUCUGCUCAAGUCUCACCACCAGUGACGUUCACACCAACUGAUCCUUCAAGUCAGAAUUCCACUUGUGCAAAAUAUAGCUUUUGUAAUGGAUGUAUGCUAGAUCCCAACUGUGGUUUCUGCUACAAAAUAAAUGCUUCAAAUAUUGUGGAUUCAUCUUGUAUCCCAGUUGACCCAAAAACGACAGAACAAUCUGCGUGGGGCAGAUGUACAAAUGAAACCAGAUCUAAAUCUGCUACUUUUUGGGCAUAUAACUACUGCCCUACAUCAUAUUCAUGGACUGCAUUGCUUGGUUUAAUUUUUUAUUUAAUUUUCUUUGCACCUGGAAUGGGACCAAUGCCAUGGACUAUCAAUUCUGAAAUAUACCCCCUGUGGGCAAGGAGUACAGGAAAUGCAUGUUCAUCCGGUGUUAAUUGGAUUUUUAAUGUAGUAAUCUCACUCACAUUUUUACAUACAGCUGAAUAUCUCGCAUAUUACGGAGCUUUCUUCCUGUAUGCAGGGUUUGCUUCUAUUGGACUCCUAUUUAUUUAUGGCUGCCUACCAGAGACUAAAGGAAAGAAGCUGGAGGAAAUUGAAUCUUUAUUUGAAAAUAGACUUUGUACAUGUGGUGCCUCUGAUUCUGAUGAGGGGAGUGAUUUGGACACCUCUUUCUGUUUCUGUAAGUAUGCCCGUCACACAGAGUGGAAGAGAAGCAAUGUCCAAAUGAUGCAGGCUAUUAAGUCACUAAGGCAAGUCUGAAUAGUUUUUAAUCUUUUGUAGCUCCCAUAUUAUAACUACAUUAUAAGAGAGCACUUACAACAGCAGCCAAGACAGUUCAGGUGGUUUGACUUAAUGUAAGUAAUUGUUUACAAACGCAGAUCAUUUAAUUUAAAAUGGCUUCUGUGUUGAGCAAUGACUAGAUGUUCCAAAGAUUAACAAUACUACACUGCAUUUACACUGGACGGGUUCAGUAUGAGUUACCGAUGGCCGGGAUACCGGUGGUCAGCAUACCAACAGCGGCAUCCCGCAACAGCGUACAUCAGAAUCCCGACAGCCCACCAUUUAGCCCCCUAACUCUCAACUUUUCUCUAACCUCCCUUGUGGGUGCCUAUCCCUCACCGCCUGGUGCCUAACCCUCCCUUCCCCGCUGCCUGAACCUAACCCUCCCCGCUUAGUGCCUAACCCUAACCUCCCCUUCUAUGUGCUUAACCCUCAUUCCCCAGUCCCUAACCUUCCCGUGCCUGCAUCCUAACCCCCCUUCUAUAUGCCUAACCCUCAUUCCCCAGUCCCUAACCUUCCCGUGCCUGCACCCUAACCCCCCUUCUGGUACCUAACCCCCCCCCCCACCACACACACACACACACACACACAAACACACACACACACGGCAGGACGAUCGAGAUGCCAGCUGUCGGUGUUUUGACGCUGGAAUCCCGACAGUAUUUCGAUGCCGAGAUUGUCCCGUUAGUCAGCAAGCGAACUACUUCCACACAGGACAAGUACUUGCUGUAUAGCAUGUACACAUAUCUAUUCGGUAGUAUAUAUCAUAUCUGUAACGGUGUAACCUUGUCUAAGCUCCUGCUAACAAAUCUCUGCAUGGCAUGCACUUGGUCUCUAGUGAAAAGUGUCAGCACUCAGAAUACAAUGUAAGAACAAUUAAAUGGCACUAUAAAAAGUAGAUAUUUACUGGAUUAAAGAAAGGUCUCAAAAUGCUUCUCAUCCCUUAUAUGACUAGUGUUAUGUGAGAGUAAUGGAUUAGUCAGGCUGUGAUUAUAUGCCGAUUGGUUGAACUACUGACUAAUUAUUCAUCAGUCUUUAGAAAGGGCAAUAUUGAAAUGCAAUUAAAACUCUGUUGAGCAACACUACAGUUUUGUUGAACUUGGCAUCUUAUAUUUCUGGGACAUGAAAUCCGUGAUUUUAAGUCUCCUUUACAUUUGUUUACAUGUACUGUUAUGUAUAUUGAUUCUAAUAACAAUGAGCACUAAAGGCACUUUGCUGCUAUAGAUCGCAUUGUAAAGUAUGUUGGUUCCUGAGAAAAGUAAAUAUGACAGCUGAUAUAGAGAUGUAAGUCAAGGUGUGGCUUUGCUGGAAAAUAGGGAUGAGCUAGAGGAGAGAACAAUAGGUUGGAUGCAUAUCUGCAAAGACUGAUGUUUAGCUAUCCUCCCUGAAACUUGACAUCUCAGUACUGUUAAUCAAAAAAUUAAAUACUAGCUAAUUCAUGAAUUACAACAGGAGUAUGAAGGACCAACUGGUGACUGCAGUGGUAGUGCUUGCAAUCUUUUUAGACAAAAAACAAGGCCGUCUUGUCAUCUGACGUAAAUUCGAUCUUUAAAAAGACAUGCUUCCGUCAGGGUACCAAAUGCAGUAAAAUAUAGGUUAAUGCAGUGGUUCCCAAAGUGUGUGUCUGGGGAACUUGCAGGGGUGCCACGGGUGGGUGGUUUAGGAUCAAAACAAAUUAUUUAUUGUCAGUGUGAUGGGAAAAUCUGUGAUAGUUGCUGACAGGUAUUAAAUAUGUAGACAAACGGAAGCGUAACCAUGUCCAAACCCACAUACUGUAACUGAACCUAAAGUUGUGUACACACGGUGAGAUUUAUCCUUUCGAUUUUGACUAUAUAGUCAAAAUCGCAAGGAAAGUUAGUGCAAAUCGCACUGUAUUUAGUCAGCUGCGAUACCGAUGCACGGUCCCGCGUGGUCGGUAUUGCAAGGAAAGGUAGACUGUGCAGGCAAGUCAGUCUUGACUAUAUAGUAUACUAUCUAGUACUAAGUAUAGUCAAAAUUGGCACUUAGUCAAAAUUGGCACAUAGUCAAAAUCGAAGGUACAGAUAGUCGAAAUCAGUGCUUCUGUGCUCUGGGGAAGUUCAAGGGAAAUUGCAUAGUCAAAAUCGGAGAUAGUCGAUAUCUCACCGUAUGUAUGCACCUUAAGAAUGGCAUGUAAGCACAGUUUAUUUGAUUUAAUAAUUUUUUUCUGAAGUUUUCAAUAAAAAACGUUGGCCUAGGGUUGCUGUGAAUAAAAAAUACUAUAGGGUGUUGUGAUUCAAGAAAGUUUGUGAACCACUGAAUUAAUACAGAAAAGGUAUUUACAAGAUUGUGCAAUGACAACCUUACCCAUAUGGGAACUAGGGAAUAUUACCAAUUACCCAAAAAGAUGUACAUAAAUAAAGAGUCCCAAAAGUGUUGCUCUUCACAAAGAGAAUACCAUGGUGCAAUACCGCAUAACAGAUAAAGGAUAAAAAUGAUUUGCACAGAGCACUCACAUUUGGGAGCAUAUAUCAAUCAUAUGGAAUGAUGUCCUCAAGGACUUUCUCUACAUACACACUUCAAAGCUCUGGUUUUUCCGGGAGAUAU